AUGAGAUUUCUAUUCUACACUGCCAUCGCAGCUUCCUGUGCUUCUGUUGAAGCCUGGAGAAUCGCCACCUACGAAGGCAUGAUAGGCUGUAUGCCUCAGGGUGAAUCACGUGUCAUCGUGGGCAAUAUCAACGACGACCGCAACGGCGAGUGCCAUAACUUCGGAACAAGAAUGAGAAAUACCAUGUGCUACUCGUAUGAGUGGGGCGCUGGUGAUCCUUAUCCCCACGGACCAGGCGCAUGCAUCGAUCGCCCGCAAGACAAACCCGACUACGUCUUCCUGCCGCUGGGAGCGGAGUUCCAGGAUAAUCUCGGCACUGGCGUCCAAUGUUACUUCUUCGAAGACAACGAUUGCCCUGAAGGCAAACAUUUCCAAAACAUCGGGUGCCCAAAUGUGUGGGGCAAGCCAGGUGGCAAGAUAAAGUCCUUCAAAUGUGUACGUUGGUUCCCCUCCCUCGACAAGUGA